AGCGUGAUCAGGAUACUUUAUAUGGCUUCACCCAGCAACUACUCCACUGCUCCUGUUUCUGAAUUUCUCCUCAUCUGCUUCCCUAACUACCAGAGUUGGCAGCACUGGCUGUCCCUGCCCCUCAGUCUAAUCUUCCUCCUGGCCAUGGGGGCCAAUGCCACCCUCCUGAUCACCAUUUGGCUGGAGGUCUCUCUGCAUGAGCCCAUGUACUACCUCCUUAGCCUCCUUUCCCUGCUGGACAUUGUACUCUGCCUGACAGUCAUCCCCAAGGUCCUGGCCAUCUUCUGGUUUGAUCUCAAGUCCAUCAGCUUUUCAGCCUGCUUCCUCCAGAUGUUCAUCAUGAAUAGUUUUCUGACCAUGGAGUCCUGUACAUUCAUGGUCAUGGCCUAUGACCGCUAUGUGGCCAUUUGCCACCCACUGAGAUACCCAUCCAUAAUCACUGACCAAUUUGUGGUUAAAGCUACCAUAUUUGUUGUGGCCCGGAAUGGCUUCUUUUCUCUUCCUGUUCCAGCUCUUUCUUCUCAACUCAGAUACUGUGGAGAGAACAUCAUCAAGAACUGUAUCUGCACUAACCUGUCUGUGUCCAAACUCUCCUGUGAUGACAUCACCUUCAACCGGCUCUACCAGUUUGUGGCAGGCUGGACCCUACUGGGCUCUGACCUUAUUCUUAUUGUUCUGUCCUACUCCUUCAUCCUGAAAGCUGUGCUAAGGAUCAAGGCUGAGGGUGCUGCAGCCAAGGCCCUGAGCACAUGUGGUUCCCACUUCAUCCUCAUCCUCUUUUUCAGCACAGUCUUGCUGGUUCUGGUCAUAACUAACAUGGCCAGGAAGAAGAUUCCCCCAGAUGUCCCCAUCCUGCUCAACAUCCUGCACCACCUCAUCCCCCCAGCUCUGAACCCCAUUGUUUAUGGUGUGAGAACCAAGGAGAUCAAGCAGGGAAUCAAGAAGCUGCUGAGAAGAGUGUAA